AUGGUGAUGAAAAGAGAGGGUGAUGAGGGCGGAAGGAGAGAUGGUGAAAUGAUAGGAGAGAAAGAAGAUGUCAACGUGAGAAUGUUCCGUGAAGAGGAUUGUGUGGAAAUACGCAAGAUGAUCAAGGAGGCAGCAGAUUAUCACGAUAUUGACAAAAUCUCCAUUACAGUUGAUAAACUAAAGAGAGAAGGUUUCGGGCCAAAGCCAAAGUACAGCUGUCUUCUAGCUGAAGAUGUUCACGAAGACUCUACCGGUAAAAAACCAUUGUUGGGCUUGAUAAUAUACUGCGACACGUUCUCGUGUUUGUUUGGGAGGAUCAUGCACCUGGACCUGUGGUUCGUUAGGGAUGGCCAUAGGGGGAGGAAGAUUGCAGAGAGUGAAGGAGUGUCGAAGGUAGAUUUGAUUUGCAUGGCGGAGAACAAAGCAAGCAGGCUCUUAUAUAGCAGAAGGGUCAGGAACUUUAACCAUUACGCCAACUUAUUAGUAAUAAUAAGAGCAUGCGUCUUAACCAUUGAACCCAUAACCUUUAACCCUUGUAUAUACAACUCUUCUACUGCUACUACUACAUUCAGGAGCAAAAAGUGUGAGCGGGGAAGAGCCCUGGAUGUGGUUGGAGUACAAUGA